AUCGACGCGAUAACACGGGUGAACUCGGAUGAAAACGGAAAACAGAACGAGUCAGAGAACGGGUAACGGAAACGAGCGAGGAUAACGAAUAACAAAUCCGACAUCCGUGUGUGCCACCGUUCGUGUGCGUGAGUGAAAACAGUGGAACGCGACCGAGCCAUGGCCAGUGUUUUUUAUAUUAAUAAAUCGAGUUAACUUUCUACCUAAGCAUAAAUGAAGCAAAAAAAUUCUCUUUUAAUUUGGUAUAAAUCGUAUUUGUCCCGGAAGUAUCUAUAAUUGUAAAUAAAUCCUUCGAAUUAAUUUUAAAAAAAUUGAAACAAAAUUGAAAAGUUAACGGAAAUCGCAAGUAGAUUGCAAUAUUUUGUACAAAAGAUACAUAACUAGCCGAGCCGGAGCCCAGAUGCGAGAUCACUGAGCCACUUUUUGGCAAGCGAGACAGCAGAGACGCCAGAACGGGAUAGCAUGCGCCAAUGAAAACGUCCUGCCAGCCGAGAGCUUCCGAUUUUGUUGACUACGCCGCGUUCGCCGCCGGGGGAGGAGCCGCUGGAUCUUCUCCAGCUUCAGCAUCAGAGUCGGGCUUUGGCUUCUGCCCGACUUCUGGCCCAGGGGCUGCAGACAAGUCCUUCUACGGCAGUCGCAAAGCUGGCUUCGGCUGCGGUCUAACGGUAACGGCUAUUGGGGACGGGACGCAGCAGCAUCAGCAACUUGCAACUGCAACAUCGGCAACAACAGCAGCAGAAUCAGCAGUAGCAGCAACAGCAACAAGCAAAAGAAAACGUCAAACAGACUGCGAUUGCGGGUGCGGGGACUCCUACACCUACAGCCACGGCCCUCCAGCAGUCGCCGGAUCCGGGUCGGGAUCAGGGACCAACAGCAGCCUCAAAACGGCACACACAAAGGUCGCCACCUCGGGGGGUCAUGCCAACACGCAGCCCCCCAGCAAGAGGUCCAGCAGCGGGGCGGAUGGCGACUACCAGUUGGUCCAGCACGAGGUGCUCUACUCCCUCUCGGCGGAGUAUGAGGUGCUGGAGUUUCUGGGACGCGGCACAUUCGGCCAGGUGGUCAAGUGCUGGAAGCGCGGCACCUCCGAGAUCGUGGCCAUCAAGAUCCUGAAGAACCAUCCCUCGUACGCGCGCCAGGGCCAGAUCGAAGUCUCGAUCCUCUCGCGCCUGAGCCAGGAGAACGCGGAUGAGUUUAACUUUGUGCGGGCCUUCGAGUGCUUCCAGCACAAGAACCACACGUGUCUGGUCUUCGAGAUGCUGGAGCAGAAUCUGUACGACUUCCUCAAGCAGAACAAGUUCUCGCCACUCCCCCUCAAGUACAUAAGGCCCAUUCUGGAGCAGGUACUGACCGCCCUGUUGAAGCUGAAGCAACUGGGCCUGAUCCACGCCGAUCUGAAGCCGGAGAACAUCAUGCUGGUGGACCCAGUGCGCCAACCCUACCGCGUGAAGGUGAUCGACUUCGGAAGCGCCUCACAUGUCAGCAAGACGGUGUGCAACACAUACCUGCAGUCGCGGUACUACCGCGCUCCGGAAAUCAUCCUGGGACUGCCCUUUUGCGAGGCCAUCGAUAUGUGGUCGCUGGGCUGUGUGGUGGCGGAGCUCUUCCUCGGCUGGCCCCUGUACCCAGGCAGCUCCGAGUUCGACCAGAUCCGAUACAUCUCGCAGACCCAGGGCCUGCCGACAGAGCACAUGCUGAACAGCGCCUCGAAGACCUCAAAGUUCUUCUACCGCGACGUGGACUCCACGUACCCUUUCUGGCGCCUCAAGACCACUGAGGAGCACGAGGCGGAGACGAACACGAAGAGCAAGGAGGCGCGCAAGUACAUCUUCAACUGCCUGGACGACAUUGGCCAGGUGAACGUGCCCACAGACCUGGAGGGCGGGCAGCUGCUGGCCGAAAAGACAGAUCGGCGGGAGUUCAUUGACCUCCUGAAGCGGAUGCUGACCAUCGACCAGGAGCGGAGGCUUACGCCCGCCGAGGCACUGAACCACUCGUUUACGCGUCUCACCCACCUGGUGGACUACGUUUACUGCAACAACGUCAAGGCCUCUGUGCAGAUGAUGGAGGUGUGCCGACGUGGGGACUUCCAUACAGUCCAGCCGGCGUCCACUUUGGUGACAAACUUCGUGCCCUCGAGCACCGAGAACAUGACCUUCACGAUCAACAACCAGUUGACCAGCCAGGUGCAGCGUCUGGUCCGCGACGGCCGCCCCCUGGCCUACGAGGGCCUCUACCAGAUCUACAACGGACGCAGCGUGGCCCGGCAGUACCCGCAGGCGCGGACGGACAGCUUCCAGCACCAGCUGGUCUCGAACAUCUUGUGCCCGCCUAGCUAUCAGGCGAUGCCCAGUCCCACCAAGCAUGUGGUGGUCGGCAGUGCAACGAUGCAGCCGCCGUUGCAGGUGCCGCCGCAGCAGUACGUGAAUGUACCCGUACCAGUUUCCAUGGUGGAGCCCACGUCGGGCCAGAGGAUGCUGUUGACCAACCGAGUGCAGGCUAGCGGGGUGGCCUGGCCGCAAACCGGCCGGCAGAUGGCCCUGGUCCCGUCGUGGCCCCAACAGGCGCCGGCUCACUCGCUCAUAGUGGACUCGACGCCGCUCUUUAACGUGGAGGAGAUCUAUCCCAAGCACCACCUCAACUUGCCUCGCAACGAUCUCAAGAAGGAGUCGCCGGCUCAUCAUCUAGCCAAGGGCAACUCUUAUCGCGUGCCGCGGCACGAGAAGAAAGAGCACCAGCAGCUCUCGCCGGUCAAGAAGCGGGUGAAGGAGAGCUCUCCGCCGCACCAGCAGCGGUACCAGCGCACCGCCCACGUCUCGCCCCAGUACCACACGCACCACAACUGCAACUACGGAAACGGUGGUGGCUACAGCGCCAGCGCGGGAUCGGUGGUGGCCUCCUCGGCCGCCUCCGCAAGCAACAUUGUGAACGCCAGUUCUUCGGGAUCGCACCAUCAUCACGCUCCUGUGGCUCAUGCCCAGCCGUACACCGCCUCAUCGGGGCAUCACAUCGCAAGCAACUGCAACGCCAGUGGAGGAGCUGCUUACCAGCAGCCGCCGGCUCAUGCCCACCAGCAGCAUCCGCACGCACAGCCGCACCCGCAGGGAUCGCAGCAACAGCACGUGAAGCAGCCGACGAUCACCAUCCACGACACGCCCUCGCCGACGGCCGUGAUCACGAUCUCCGACAGCGAGGAUGAGGGCGGCGAGGGAGUCGGCGGAGGAGCCCAGGCGCCGGUGGUGAAGCAGCGGGCCCACGCCCAGUCGCAGACGAGCAGCAGCCUGCUGCAGCACGCGCCCAGCUCCUCGUCCUGCAGCAGGAGCAGCGCCCACCAGCCGCAGCACGCGCAGCAGGCACAGCCGCAGCAGCAGAUCAAUUAUGGUGACCACGAUCCGGAGGACGCCCGUCGCCGUCAUCACGCUGCCGCCGCAGCCGCCGUGGGAAGCCCCAAGCACCAUCACCAGCAUCAGCCAGCUCCGCAGCACCAGCCAGCGCCGCAACAACAGCCAGCUCCACCGGCUCCGCAGCAGCAGUACCAGCCACAGCCGCCGCCGCAGCAGGGGAUCACCCAGCCGCAGCCGAACAUCAAGUACGAGCCGGGGCAGUCGCAGAAGAAGCGCAUCCUGGCCAUGGCCCAGAGCGAGUGCGGCUAUCAACCGCAGGUGCCAGCGAGCCAGCCGCCGUCCUCCGCCAGCUUGCCGCACAUUCCCACGAAGCAGGAGCCGGCCGAGUUCUAUUCGGAAUAUGGAGCUGCGGUUCCUCCGCCUCAGCAGUUGGACACGAAACGGUCCUCGUGGGCACCCACAUCCUCGGGAUCAGGAGCCCCACCGCUGGCCCAUCCGAAACGAGAGGCUCCAUCGGCCGCUCCCAUCAGCUAUGUGGCUCCGUCGGUGGCUCCACCGAUGGCCCACUCCAAGAGCAGCUCGGCCUCCUCGUCGUCUUCGAUCAGUGCGGCGGCUGCAGCAGCGGCUGCUGCAGCUGCAGCGGCAGCGGCCAGCGUGGGUCCCCCGUCGUGGGGAGCUCCCCAAGUCUAUCGCCAGCCAUCGCAACCGCCGCCGGCUAGCGUAGGAGCUCCGGGCGCUGGGCCACCGCCACCGACAGCGGCCCCGCAUCCGCACCAUCAUACCGCCCACGGGCACCACCACCACCAGGCGGGUACUCCGCUCGGCGGAUCACCAUCCUCCACAGCUGCGGCUGCUUUGUUGCAGCCGGACAUCUACGCGCAGGGCGACAUGUAUCGCCGACCCACAGUGUUUGUUUCGCAGGCCGCUCCGAGCUAUGCCUACGCUAAUCGGGCCGUGGUAGCACCACCCCCAGCCCACAACAGCUCCAGUCGACAGGUUAUACCAUCACAUCCUUUGCCGGCGCACAUCCAGAUUCCCACCCAGUACAGCCAGUUCGGACCGCUGAGUCCAGCCCAGGUAGCCGCCAGCAAACACGCGGCGCACUUUGCGCCCACCAACAUAUGGUAUGGGGCUGAGUAGGGAGCUGACGAAGGGAGACAUAGCGAUUGAGGGCGCGGGGCACAGCGACGGAGAUAGACGAGGACGUGCAACCGAUCCACCCAACCACACCCACACCACCACCACCAUCACCACCACAGUUCUGUUUCGAUCUUGAGCAAGAGCCCGAUUAAAUGAUGAUGAUUCAACGCUCGAAUCGUUUGUGGCCUCGGCCGAGGGAGUUGACCACGUGGAUCUUAGCCAGGAUAUGCAGCAGCAACAGUUGCAACUAACCCAGUGCUGGUGGUUCAUGCUGCUCAUGCAACAGACCAUCAUCCACAACAGCAGCAUGUUGCAGCCCAGCGGCGACAGCCCAGGAGCAGCAGCAGAAGCAGCCACAACCGCACCAGCCACAGCAACCACAUCCGCAUCCGCAUCUACGCCGGCAACACGCAAUGUGGCUGGCAGCAAUAGAAAAUCGAGGCGCCAGCAAUGAGCCCAAACCCUAACCCGGAUCCCAAACCCUCAUCGCUAGAGUUCUCAGUUGAGUUUUUCGAGAGAAAAUUUUCGAUGGGCCCUGCGGGGUCCUCCUGGGAUUUCUACACUAUUGUUAAUUUUAUUAUUUUUUUAAAUAAUAAAUGUAAAGUACUCUACGCGCAGCUGGGUGUAGAGUGCUCAGGCUAAUAUAUUGUCGGGUUGUGUGGCAUGCAGCACAGCCUAAACUCCCCCAGACACACUACACACAGACAGCUAUAGCUUCACGUUUUUUCAUAUAUCCAGAUAUGCUAGCUAGAGGCAUAUUCAAGUGUUUUUCUCUUCAAACGAAAGAGUUUCAUACAUUGUGUGUUGUGUAUUUUAUUGAUAACUUCUACAUAAUAUUCUCUAUAUAUACAACAUAUAUAUUAUACUUAUAUACAUGCAUAUGUAAUACUAUUAUUAUGAAUACUAUAUAUCAACCCGAAGAGGGAGACGACUAGAGUUAACCUAAAUGGCUCCGCUGGCCCACAGCGGCGAUUAGUCUAUCGAGCCAGUAAGAGAAAGCUUAGAAAUUCCUUAGACUCUUAGCAAGUACCUCAGACGAAAAACAAAGUAAAAAGCUAAAAACUAAUAUGAGCAGACAACAAACAUCCAACAGCAACAAACAAACAACAAUGUUAUUCAAUUGCCUUUAACAAAAGAAGCAAGAAACAAAAUAUAUAAGGAUAAAGGAUAUGGUUAAUGGUUAAUAAAGGAAGCAUGAUGGAUAGAGCGAAGCAAACUAAAAUACAAAAAUUGAAUACCGCAACAACCUUACUAGCAAACAACAAGCAAAUAAAAUAGAUAACCCUAGGAGAUAUCAACAAGGUAACCUAACAAUUACAUAGCUCAUAGAUAUAGGAGGAUAGAGGAUAUAUUCGCGGCAGCGGAGGUUUUUUACACACUCGUAACACACUCAUAGGAAUAACCGCAAACAAAAUACAAAUACAAAUACGACAACAAUUAACAAAUAACAAUUCUAAACUAAGUUUAACGAGCAACAACAAAUAAUUAUAGGAGCAAUUGUACAUACAUAUAUAUUACGAAAGUGAUGAAGAUUACUAGUGGAGUCUAAUAUUGUAACUAAACGGAGCAACCCGGUUUUAGAUCGGCAAUUAUGUCAGCACAGCACAUCUGCCUGAUUUAUAUUUUAUUCUUGUCCAAACGUCUUAUUUGUGAAUCCCGAGACAGACUCCCAGAAACUCUGCGAUUUAGUUAUUCUUUCGACUAGAGAAGCGCAUGAGAAAGUUUACUAAAGUACAAAACCAAACAAAAUAAAAAGCAAUUUAGCAGUAACACGACCCUUUUAGGCUUUUAAAUCAAACCCCUCUUAAACACUCACUGAAACUAAAUCAUUUAUAGGCUUUUAGGCACCUUUCUUUUUAAACACGAUUUUAGUAGUUUUCUCUCCAGAGCCACUAUGUUUUAUUGGGGCGUUGAGCCGCCAAAGGAAAGCCCCAUAUAAAUGUAAAUAUACGAUAGAACGCUAUUUCGAUAUGUACAAACCUGGCUUACUUUACAAACAUAAACCCACAAAAUCCUAUAUAUGGUAUAAACUAAUCUUGUUAAAUAGGUUUCCUAAAGUAUUUCGUAGUUAGACUUAACUUCGCGCACGUCCGCGCUUAAAUUAAUCGAGCAGCAACUAACUUUUCGUUCUCUUAGAGGGUGGCACUUCCUAUAUAUAAACUGAUAUAAACUGAAGCAGAUACAUUAGCCGGCUAGGGUAGUCCCACCCACCUCCGCCCCUUCCUAGUUCAGCUGUGCCCACUAAACAAAAAUAACAAUUUCGGGAUGGAUUAACUCCGACGGAAAGGAUCUAGCAUGUAAUUAUUGUGAUGUAGUUUUUAACAAGCGGAAUAUGAGAAAUCUGAGAAAUUGAAUUCGUUUUUUGUCAGUCGUCGAGGCGACACGUAGAUAUACAUAAAACUAUGAUCACAGACAUACAAGUACACAUAAAUAUUAACAAUAGCUAACCGAGUGCGAUACGGAUACGGAAUAUGCAUCUAUAUGUUAACUAAUUAGCGUGCAGGAUUCAGUAGCUAUAACGGCGUUUUUUUUAACCAAGAAGUAACUUUUUAAUCCGAUUAUGAGACAAAUACACUUUUUAUAGUUUUGAAAACAAAAGGACAUGGGGGGCUAACAUUAGGCAUGUUCUGCAUGCGUAGGGCGUAUUUAAGAAACGUUAGUGUUGUGAAUAUAUACGAGUACAUACAGAUAAAGCAUACUUAUAUAGUAUGCCUAGAGCUAGAUCUAGGUGUGGUACGAAUAUUUUUUGUGUAAAAAACAAUAAGUGGCAACCAUAGCUAACAAUGGUAAUAAACAAUAACGAAAAUCAAGAACAGCUCGGCAAAUUUUUGGGGUUUUCGAAGCCCCACCUAAUAGUUAAUAGACAUAUGCAUAGAUGUAUUCAACAAGAGUUCUUUUUUUAUAGAAAUUUUAUGGACCAUUCAAAACUAAAACUAAAUAUAUAUUUAAAUAAGCAUGAAUAUGGAAUAAAUUUUUGUGUAAUCAGUUUAGAGCGUAUGUGUCGGAGGAGAAGUUUGCGAUUUGUGUUUUUUAUUUUUUUUUUAUCAAGGCAAGGUUCCCGAAACCUAUUUUAAUUCGAU